GUAUUAAAUAAUGGAUUUUCGGAUAUACUUCCCGUAAGUUACAAGCAAAACUGAAACAAAAUGGCGGAAAACGAGGGCCCUGUGGUCGUGGACGACCUUCCGAUCUCAUUCCAGGUAAAAUACCUCGGGCAGAGCGAUGCACGAGGGUUGUGGGGCAUCAAGCAUACGAGGAAGCCAGUGGACCUGAUGGUGGCUGCAGCCAAGGCCUUACCACCAGGUCAAAUCCUUCCCAUCGUGAAACUGGUGAUCACCGUGGAAGGCGUCCACAUGGAGAGCAUCCACCACGGCCCCAAGCGAGACUUCGAGCACAUGUCUGUCUUCUUCAACAUCGAGUCCAUCUCCUACGGCGUCCAGGACUUGGUCUACACUAGGGUGUUUUCUAUGAUCAUCGUCAAAGAUAACGCUGAUGUUAAGGGCUUAAAUCCCUUCGAAUGUCAUGCCUUCGUGUGCGAGUCCAGAAACGCGGCGAGGAGACUGACGUAUGCGCUGGCGGCUGCUUUCCAGGACUAUUCUAGAAGGGUGAAGGAACUGCAGACAUCUCCAGAACUGGAUGAGAGGCCACCCAGCCUAAAGAAAAGAUUCGCAAUCGACCUGCGGACGCCAGAGGAGAUUGAGGCCGACUUGGAGACCGAAGCUUAAAUCUGUCAGAACAAAACUUAUUCUCGUAUUAUAAACGUAAUCCGUCUUCGGCUACA